GCGUCCCAGGAUGCACCGCUGCACUGACCGCCCGGCUCGGCUUGGCGACGGAGCCCGGUCUCAGGCCAGAGAGAGAAAGAAUGUUUCAGACAUUUAAAGAAUGGUUUUGGUUGGAAAGAUUCUGGCUUCCUCCAACAAUAAAAUGGUCAGAUCUUGAAGAUCACGAUGGACUCAUCUUUGUGAAGCCCUCUCAUUUAUAUAUGACUAUUCCAUAUGCUUUUGUCUUGAUAAUUAUCAGACAUUUUUUUCAAAAGUUUAUUGCUUCACCUCUAGCAAAAACAUUUGGCAUUAAAGAGGAAGUUCAAAAGAAGAUUACACCAAAUACUGUUUUAGAGAAUUUUUUCAAACAUUCCACAAGGAAACCAUCUCAAACUGAUAUUUAUGGACUGGCAAAGAAGUGUAACUUGACAGAGCGCCAGGUUGAAAGAUGGUUUAGGAGUCGGCAGAAUCAAGAUAGGCCUUGCAGGAUGAAGAAAUUCCAGGAAGCUUGCUGGCGAUUUACAUUUUACCUAAUUAUUACCAUUGCUGGAAUUGCAUUUCUUUAUGAUAAACCUUGGGUAUAUGACCUGUGGGAAGUUUGGAAUGGCUAUCCCAGACAGCCCUUGCUGCCAUCCCAGUACUGGUACUACAUUUUGGAGAUGAGUUUUUAUUGGUCUCUCUUAUUUAGCCUUGGCUCUGAUAUCAAGAGGAAGGAUUUUCUAGCGCAUGUCAUCCACCACCUGGCUGCUGUCAGUUUGAUGAGCUUCUCUUGGUGUGCUAACUAUAUUCGCAGUGGGACCCUCGUGAUGAUUGUACAUGAUGUGGCUGACAUUUGGCUAGAGUCUGCUAAGAUGUUUUCUUAUGCCGGAUGGAAGCAAACCUGUAACACCCUGUUUUUCAUCUUCUCCACCGUGUUUUUGAUCAGUCGCCUCAUUAUUUUUCCCUUCUGGAUUUUAUAUUGCACACUGAUUCUGCCUCUGCACUACCUUCAACCUUUCUUUUCAUACAUCUUCCUCAACCUACAGCUCAUGGUCCUGCAAGUUCUUAAUCUUUAUUGGAGUUACUUCAUCCUGAAGAUGCUCAAAAGAAGUAUAUUCACGAAGGAAUCUUGCCAACAACAGCCAUCUGGCUCCUCUGAGCCAUGGAAGCAGCGCUGUCCAGCGGGAGGUGUCUGCAGUGGCCAUCACAAGUCUUGCAAGGUACUACUGCAGAACACUGUGGGUCAGCAGGGGUCUUUCAGGACCCAAACCUGUGCAGCUGCGUCUCAGAGGGUCAGCUGUGCCGCCCAACUUGGCUGACUGCUCUGCCCUCCCAUUCUGAGGUCCUAGACAGGGACUUGCCAACAGAACAGUUCAGCUCAGCAUCUGGAUGUGACCGCAGAGAGAUGUAACUUGUAAACCACUAAGACAGGAGCUCAGGGAUCUGUGUCAAAGAGCCCCCUGCAUGUGAUAAGCUGGGAAACAAGGUCUCCCAUAAAGGCCUGGACUGAGGAUGACCUGGCAGUUUUGCCUGGAGCAGCUGUUUGGAUGGGAGUGCCAUGUGCUGAAACAUGAAAGGCAGAGAAAAAUGGUGGUGAAGGGACUUCCCUGGUGGUCCAGUGGUUAAGAUUCCACCUUUCCACUGCAGGCAGCACAGGUUUAAUGCCUGGUUAGGUAACUAAAAUCCCGUGUGGUGCAGCCAAAAAAAGAAAGAUAGUGUAAAUGGAGCCCGGAGUAUUACAGGCCUUAGGCAGCUGAGAGGAAAUGGUCUGAAGUCUGAAAGGAGGUCCUUGCUGGGAUACAAAUUCGGGAUUACCUGCAUUCAGAUGGUAUUUAAGAUUCUCAUCUUGUGGGACUAGAUUCAUUCAUUCACUCACUCACCAAAUAUACACUGGGUGCUUGCUGAGUGCUGGAUGGCAUCACCUCAGAAAAUCUAGAGGAGGAAGAUGGCACAACCCAGUAUAUUUCACCCCCUCCUCUCUCCUCUCUUCCUCUGCAUAAGGAGCCACGGAAGCUGAUGCCCUUCCACCCAUGCUUUUAGAUGCUUGUUAUGUUUGGAUAUAGCCAGAAUUAAAGUAUUGCUUUUUUUGUUGUUAAACUUUACAUAUAUGGUAUGAUUUAGUUUAUAUAGUUGUACGACUUUUUUAUUCACUCAUUAUAACAUGAUUCAUACUGACAAAUGUUACU